AUGGCAGAAGCCGCGUUUUCCGAAGAUGGAAAAUAUUUUUCUUUAAUUACAAAGGAUGGUAGAUUGCACAUUUGGGAUACAGAGACGAAUAUUCUCAAACAGGAAUAUACUCCAGACUUCCAUUUGAAAGCACCACCAACAUGUUUACAAUGGGUGGAUGUAAGUUACAACUCGAGCCCCAAAAAAGAGUCAAGACGAAAAUCAUUGUCUGAACAGUCCAGUGUACAAUGUAUAGCAUUAGGAACAAUUUUCGGAAAGGUUCUUCUGUAUUCAGUAACACAAGCUAAAGUGGAAAGUGUGUUGGAGAAUGAGAAACAUAGCAGGAAGGUCCAAGCAUUAGACUGGAACAGAAAAUAUGGUCUUUUCAGUUGUUCCGUUGAUAGCUAUGUUAUUGAGUGGGACCUUGGGUCCUCAUCUGUUAAACAGACAUAUAAUGUAUCUAUUAGGAGUAAGUUAAAGCAAGUGAACAAAGUUUCAGCUAUUAAAAUUGUGCCACAUAAUCAGAAUCCAUCUGUGAAAUACAUAGUAGUAGCGUCUGUUAAAACAAAUAUAUGGAAAUUUGAAAAUUCUAAUGCUUACAUAGUUCACUCACUUAGCCACUCUGUGUCUGACAAAGCUAUAUUGACUGUGGCAACGCUUGAAAAUUCCAGUUGGCUUAUAGAAGGUUCACAAGAAGAACGUUUGCUUUCAUUCUGGGAUAUAACUGUCAAAGAUGAAACAUUACAAAACGGUGGUAGCCUAGCACCAACAAAUAAGAAGCGUAAGGAAGAUGUUAUUCAUACUGAAACACCCACAUACAACUUUAUCUUAGAAGAUGCUCCUAAGUUUGUGGAUGUUAAUAUAAAGUCAGACGCCAAUGGAACAAAAUUGUCACUUGCAGCUGCUACACGGAGUGGUGUUGUACACUAUUAUGGACAUAUGCUAAAUGGCUCAACAACAAAGCCAAUAAAACCAUCAGUGACAAUACAAGUAAGCACGGCAGAUGCAAACCCACUACCAUUAACCUGUUGUCAACUACCAAACAAUGGAGAAAUACUUUUGGGAUAUAGGAAUGGACCAGUACUCACAUUUGAAAAAGUUGCACCUGACUUAAGUACAAAGACACAAGUGUUAAUACGUGGUGAUGGAGAUAAAAAACAAAAGCCUGCAAAAUCCAACGAUACAACAAAGGAGGUUUCAAAUAGGAAUACAGAUGUUACUUAUGUUGAACCUAUGGGUGGUGUUAGUAGGAAGAGACCGACUGCAGGCAGUACACCCACAGAAGUGACAAUGGAAGCAAGAUUAAAAAAUCUAGAACUAGACCAGAACAGCAGAAGCAAAACACCUGUUAGUCAGAACCUUACUAAGCUGCUAAUCCAGGGUCUACAUUCAAAUGAUAAAGGAAUAAUACUAACAGUAUUACAAAAGGACGAUCCUGCUGUGGCUACAAAGACAGUGGCGACACUACCAGUAGACUAUGUUCCUUUGCUAUUAGACAGACUUGUAGAUAUGGCAACCAGAAAAACUAGUCAAUGUUCCGCGGCUUGCACUUGGCUAACGGCGUUGCUAAAAUCACAUGCUGCGUUGCUGUUAGCCUCUGUCACCUCCAGGACAGCAAACCAAGUCACACAGCUCCUGGCCAUAUUUACUCAUAGACGGUCUCACCUCUGUCAGCUACUAAAUCUAAAAGGAAGAGUUGACCUUACAAUCUCACAGCGAAGCAGAGCGGAGGAUGAAACAAACCAGGAAGCGAUAUUAGAUUAUAAUGAUUCCUCAUCAGAUGAAGCUAUGGAAAUUGAAAAUGGUGACUCUAGCAAUGAAGAACAGUGGGAUGAUGAUGGUGAAGAUGACGAUGACAAAGAAGACAGUGAUCAAAGUGAUGAUUGA